AUGAUUUUAGUAAUGAUCAACUUUAUAGUAACACUGAUCCUAAUAAUGAAGUUAUAAGUGAACUAGUUGAUACAGAUGUUGAAGAACUUAAGAAUCAAGAUAAUAUAUCUGAAUUAAAGACUGAACUUAUCUUUACAGGAUAG